GACUGAUCUAUUAUCUAGAAUAUAGUUUGCUCUGAUCUAUAAUUUUGAAAUGUCUAAAUAUAUUUUAUAAUUGUAUGAAAUGUUCGUUCAAAAGUUUGUUUCAAGAACACACGUUUUCUGUAUAAUACAAAAAAUUUUUGCCCGAAGAUCGACCAUAAACAGCGAUCCACACAAAUACACAAACACCCACACAUACAAAUGCACAGACACACACAUUAACACAAUCAAUUGGAUUGGAAAGUACGAAAUUUUAAUAGCGAAAGGAAGAAUUUGAUCAACUCUUGAGUUCUGGACUACAAUGGUUGAGUACACUCGUCAACCAUGUCCAAUACGAAUUGUAGAGGAUUGCGGCUGUGCCUUUCUGAUGGGUUGCAUCGGUGGCUCCAUGUUUCAGUAUAUGAGGGGCUUUAGGAAUUCACCUACAGGCUUCAUCCGUAGUCUUUACGGCGGCAUGGACUCCGUUAAAAUGAAGACCCCGGCUAUAGCGGGCAGCUUUGCUGUUUGGGGUGCCACAUUCAGCACGGUGGACUGCACCAUGGUCUAUUACAGGCAGCGCGAGGACUCUUGGAAUUCGAUUGUCAGCGGCGCUGCCACGGGUGGGAUUCUUGCCGCACGCAACGGCAUGAAGGCAAUAGGAAAUGGUGCUUUGGUUGGGGGUUUAGUGCUAGCUAUGAUAGAGGGUGCUGGCGCAGCAGUGGCCACCAUUUAUGCAGCCCAGCCAUCAAGUGGCACAGAGAAUGUCUAUCCCCAAACACCGCAAUGGGAGCCAGUCUCUGACACCGACGAACAAAAUAACAGCAACAAUAACAAUAAUGCAUUGGCGGAGAUUGAGCGUGUAAUGGACAAAUGCAACAUAUAUCAGAAUCCAACGAGAAGCUCACGGUACAGACAGAAGGCCAAAUAUAUGGACACCGAAAAGCCAGCCAAGCCGCUGUCUCUUCUCGAGCUGGUGAGACAAGCGAACAUUUUUAGAACUUAACUUUAUUGUGGAAUACCACAUUUCGAUCAUCUAACUCAUAAGCCAAAUUAAUUCUAUGUGCAGUAGACGUUGA